AUCUCUCUUGCAAAUUCGUUUAAUGUAAUAGUUUUAAAGCCAUUCACUAAGCAAUAUUUUUGGCGUCUGUUUGUAAACUUUGCAUUCUAUUAAUUUAACGUUGUGUUGUUUGAUAAAGUUGGCGCUAUUUUGUUGAAUGAUUAGUUGACCGUUAGCUAACUUUCUAGAUAACGUUAGCUGCUAGCUAGAUUAGCUAACAACAAAUAAAAAAAUAAAAAGUUAUUUCGUUAUCAUCAAAUAAUGCAGUGCUCUAAAAACGAAUUAACGAAACAUAUAGUUUUGUUACAGAAUGGAAGACUAUGAAAAGUUCAUACAACGCCGACUUUACGAACUGAAAAGGAAGGAUAGCAACGACAACAACAAUAACCAACGCCGGACACUGGAAUCACCAUGUACUCGCCACGUAUCAUCAGCUAUCCGUUUCCAUGGUAUACCCAUCCUUCCUCCAUUGCUCACAGGAGUGCAAAGAGAAGAGAUGCAGAGACACAGAGAGGCAGCCAAGAGGACGACAGAUAGGAGGAAGACUCAGCCCUCUGAGACAAGGAUGUCCUACGUUCAGAACAUUCUACACAGUGUUCAGGCCGAGGCUGGGAAACGGUCCCAUAUAAUUGAAUUGUACACUCCUGCUACUUCAGCUAACGUAAUGUAUUGCCUAGCCUAUAAGCUGAGGCAAGCACCAACACUGGAGGAGUUCUUUCAGGGUGAACCAGGACUAACGGCAGCCAAAACCACCAACCUACACCACAGCAACGUCCGCCAGGUUCUAGCGUCGCAGAAUGAUGAUGUCACCGAGACCAAGGACAGCUUGCCGGGGUCGUCCUCCCCACCAACCUUAACCGUCAUGCAUGAUGGGAAAGCAGGCAUCCUCGUCCGAGGUCCUCCCAUGACGUCGACAGCCUACGGCGCCUUCACAACGAAUCACCUUACAACUCUCCAUAACACCACCACUGUGAGGGAGACCUUCCUAGAUAAGCUGGUCUGUGACCCAAUGACACCUUCUCUAGCUAGAGAGACAACCACACAUACCAACCAGGUUGCUCCACAAACAGAGACCCGGACCAGGGAGAGACUCUUGUAUGACCAGGAUAAGACCACCAAUGCUGGGUGUGUUCUGGAGGAGGACCUGGGUUCAGGAGAAGCAACGGUGGAUCCUCUAGCUGACAUAAGCCACCAGUCUUCAGGGUACGUGACGUAUGAAAACGCGGAGGCCACCUGUGUCUUGAGUCGGACCGAGGCUGGGGAGAGCAUUAUAUCAGGGCCUGAGGAGGGGACACCAAUUGGAACGGGGGGGUUUCUCCUACACAGCACCUCUGAUACAAACACAACCAAGGCAUGUAAUAUCAUCAGCCAUCCUCCCAUUGAUGCUGAAGAUCUGGAGGAGGGGUCGUCCCCGUGUGACGAUGACCUCAUAACCGGUCGUCCUGCAGAUGAGGCGAGCGUGACGUCGUCCUGGUGUAAUGACGUCAUACCAGACUAUUUAGAGGAAGCGUUGGUGACGUCGCCUCUACAGAGCAACGAUAUCACACCUCCUGUAGAAGACCGCAUAGCAAGUCAUCCAGGAAAGAAGUGUAGCACUACUAAUAUUGUCACUUUCCCCCAGCAUCAAGCCUCAUUAUCACUAUCAGACCGUCCUGAACCCAAGAUUGUAGUGACAUGUCCUCAGACUGAGGCCUCGACACCGGACCUCUGCAAACCAGGUCAGAACCAGGCGUCAGACUUAGACCGACCGGAGGGACCAUACCGGCUCAGCCUCCAGACUCUUCUAAAGAAAUCCCAGGCAGCUUUGGAAUGCCCCAAACCAGGCAGGAACCAGCCAGAAUCAGAACCAAAGAUCCGGACUGGAGAUGUAGACUUUGAAUCGGAACCAGUUGCAGGGCCGUACCGCCUCAGCCUCCAGACCCUGCUGAAAAAGUCCCAGGAGCACCGGAGACGCCAGCGUCAGCUGAAGAACCAGGCCAAGGCCUCUACUUGUUCUACCAGGACCCAGGAGGCCUUGACACACCAGAAGAUGGAGGAGGAGAUCAGUUUCUCAGACAAGGAGAAUGAGGAGUUCCUCCAGUCAGGGAGAGUGGUGGCGGAGGGAAGGAAAACCCGGGACAGGGAUUGGAGAAAGGAUCAUCUGGGAAUGGGAGUCCAGUUUUCCGGACCGCCACCACUAGAGAUAUUCCCUAAGGAAGCGUGGGUUCAACGUGAGGAGGAGAAAGCGAGGUCUAGGAUUGUGGAAAGAAUGGGACCCAACGAAAAAGGAUGUCAUGAUAGAAUAUUGAAGGAAUUGGAGGCUGGAAAUGGCCCUUCACAUUUGGUUGGUCAAGAAGGAGACUCCCAAUCUCCUCCAGGAGUGGACAUUGAUGCUGGCUCGUCAGCCGAAGACAUCCAGCUACACCUCUCACCAGACGUCACAGCAGCACCGUCAAUGCUAAUGGGGAACCUUCCACAUCCUAUCUCAGCCGAUGCCUCCAUAACCCAGAAAUCAUUCUACCUAGUCAGGGAGAAGAGCUCUACCCUGCCGAGGUCUUCCUCUCUGGGGAGUAGUAGGUUCCAGAGCGUCCCUACCCCCCAGUUUAGUAUGAGCCCUAUCCGCUGUAAGAGUAAAGGAAACAGUGGGGGAGGAGGGCGUGGCACCCCCAAGAGGCAGAUCCUGGUAAACACACCUUUGAAUGUAGACCACGAGGUGGGGUUGGUGACUGGGCAGGAAAAGAAUGAUGCUCGGGACCAAACGCAUCUGCAUAGAGCGCCCCUAGUGGCUGGGGGUGAUACAAGACCUAUGCGUAGGAGCACAGACCAGGCAGAACAGAUAGCUCAGCUGGAGCUCAACCUGUCCAGCCUCAAAAUACUGAUCUCUGACCUGGAGUCCACGCUCACAGAGACACCAGAGAGCCACCAGACGCACAACAACAGCCAGACUGAUAAUAUAGACCAUCAACAGAAAUACAUGGACUACCAUACACCUGACAGCCAGGACUUACAGUUAGGGAACCAGACACACAACAACAGCCAGACUGAUAAUAUAGACCAUCAACAGAAAUACAUGGACUACCAUACACCUGACAGCCAGGACUUACAGUUAGGGAACCAGACACACAACAACAGCCAGACUGAUAAUAGUAGUAACCUUACCAUGGACCCGCCACAUAAAUACAUGGACUACCAUACACCUGAGAGUCAGGCAGAGAGUAACCUUAGUGAGAAAGGAAGAGGGGAUGGAGGUCAGAGGUCAGCUGAUAAGAUGGCGGUGGUCCCCUGUAGAGUCCAGUGGUGUGACAGUGUACCUCCAUUGUUCAAGGAGGUGGAGAUCGCUGUUACAACGGGUUACAAAAGACAAGAUGGUCGCCAGCAGCAGCCUCUUGCAGCGCGCCUCGUCACCUCCCUCACUCAGAAGAGAAGAGUUCCUGACGUGUUCCGGAAGGUUCCAUACGAUGUCAUCAAGGUUCGGAAUGACGUUGUCAAGAUUCCGGCAUCACACAAAACACCUUUCUCCGUCCUCUCAGAUGCCAGUAACAACCAGCACCAGCCAAUGGAGUGGAAGAGUUAUCCGGAGGACCCCGCCCACUUCCAAUCCAUCAACCAAUCGUAUGACGUGGACACGCCCUCAGGGCUCUGGCUCCAGGGAGGGUCAGAGGGGUCGUUGAAAGGUCAUGACCCCGCGGGGAAGCAGCUGACCCCUGAGAACGGAGGUGGCGGUCAGGGAGGGGCGUCAAGGGCCAAACGUAGACUGGUCAUGCACACCACAGAGGGGAACAGGGGACGAGGACGAAGAGAGGUGAUGGACAGGCCUCACUCCAGUACUCCUGAAGCUGCGGUGCAGUCACACAGUCAGCCCCAGCUGAAGCAGACCCAUGCAGCCCAGGUCAGAGCCCUGAAGGAGGAGCAGAGGAGACAGCAGCAACAACUACUGCAGAUGCUGGCUGCACGUUACCAGCUACUCCAGAGUUUGUCCUUCCCUGUGUCCUCCAGCCCCACAUCCAGCUCACGUCUUGCGGACAACACGACCUCCCUCCUCCCCCUCUCUUCCAUCCCUCUGUCCUCCCUCUCCAUCCCUCUGUUCUGCCCCUCACCAGGAUCCCUCCUUUCAGACCCAGACUCCCCCUCACGGUCUCCCAGGUGUGUGUGUGUGUGUUAUGGCCCCCUGGUGGCAGCAGCAGUGAAGGGAUACCUAACCAGGAGGCUCCUACACACAGAGAGAGUGGGACAGCUGCUAUGUACCAUCAAGGACACGCAGCAGUUCCUGCUGUCCUUCCAGCUCCAGAGCCCUGGGAGAGACAGCAGGCAAGACCUGGUGCUGCAGGAGAGAGUCACACUGCAGCUCCGCUCAGCACGUUAUGAGGUCCAGGACAUCUUCUGUCUGUCAGCAGGAGACAGGAUGCAGAUCAUCAGCUGGGACAGACAGCUGGCCAGGGACAGGGAGAUGAAACGCAAGACUGGGGAAACGGGGUCGACCAGGGGGAAGAGUUCUCUGUCAGCUGCUACACAGAAAGCCUUGGAGAGGAAGAGAGGAGUCAUGAUGAGGAAAGCGGCAGAGGGGCAGAGGGGGACUGGAGCUGUGGUUGCUGGGGCAGAGGGGAACGUCGUGAAGCAGACACGUGGGUCUUUUCGACCCAACCCUCAAAGGGUCCCCAAGACCACCCAGUCCCGCAGAUCUCGGUGAAGAUGGUCUACUUAUCGGGCUAGACUGGACCGGAACCGGAUCGUGUUCAUUUUGGCACAGUGUAGCAAAACAUUUUGCACAGGAGAACGAAAACGAGCGUUUCUUAUUGGACAAGUUCAGGGUCAUAUUCAUUAGUGGAAAUGUUUUGGAAAAUGAAAACAAGCGUUUGUUAUUGGACAAGUUCAGGUAGUCCCUCCCUUGACCCAGGUAAUGAAUACUGUUGAUACCUAAAAAGAUAUACACACACACAGAAUCCAUCUCACUUAACCCUAAAACAAUACGCCCCUAUGGGCCCUGGUCAAAAGUAGUGCACUAUAAAGAGAAUAGGCUGCCAUUUGGGAUGCAUCCAUAGUGUUUCUUGCUAACCAGUGUACAUCUGGAAAGUAUUGUAUUUUAACUUGAUUGUAUUCUACAAAGGCACAACUCACUGCAUUCAAAUGCAUCUUAGCUACUACAUACUGUAUGUGACAAUCUAUUCUUACCACAAGACCUCAGGACUUGUUUUUGGACACACUGUUCGUAAUAUGUUAGUUUUACACAUUUUAUACUAUUUAUAUUUCCUAUACCUGUUUGUGGUACAGUAUUGGGAUGGCAAUGCAACCAAAGCCCAGAAUAUCCAAGUCUAUUUUUAAGGUCUGUUUUUAGUGUUCUUCUUUCCUACUGUUUUUGUUCUAAAUUAUUUACAAGUGUUUUUUAAUAAAUGUUUUUAUAAAAAAUUUACUUGUCAGG